AUUUAUUAAGUAUAUUUAGGCUACAAUAUGCAUACUUUAAAGACAAUUUAUCAUGUUUUAAAUACUGGAGGGCUAAUUUUUACGGUAGGAGUGUGCUAUUAGCAAAGGCGCCAGAGGCCACAAGACGGUUGAAUUGAGCUUGGAAAGGGAGGAGAGGAAAGCCCGAUGGAACCCUGUUGUCUUUCUAGGUCAGAGUUAGUCGGUACCGGUUAGACAGUGAAAGAGAAAAGGUCAACGCAGGAAUUUGGUCUCUCCCUGACUUCUCAAGAUGAAAGUCCGGGCUCUAGGGCUUCUCCAGACUGUGAAAGAAGCCCACGAGUCUUCCUGGCAUGCUCCUAAGUGGCAGUAGGUUUAGGAUGGAGGUGGCAGGGCUGAGGCCCGUGGUCCUCGCCCGCGCCCUCUGCACCCCUGUCCGGAGGCCAGGAUGGCCGCGCCCACCAUGGGUAAAUUUCAGGAGUGCCUGCCCCAGGCUGGAGAACUCCGCCAGGCUGUGCGAACGGGAUCCUGCGAAGAGGAUGGCAUUCCCUGUGGAUAUGCUGGAAAAUUGCAGCCAUGAGGAACUGGAAAAUUCUGCUGAAGAUUACAUGUCAGAUUUAAGGUGUGGGGACCCUGAAAAUCCAGAGUGUUUUUCUCUUCUCAAUAUUACGAUUCCUAUUAGCCUGUCAAAUGUAGGCUUUGUACCUCUUUAUGGUGGAGAUCAGACCCAGAAAAUUCUUGCUCUCUUUGCACCUGAGGAUUCACUGACAGCUGUGGCACUUUACCUUGCUGAUCAGUGGUGGGCUAUUGAUGAUAUUGUGAAAACAUCUGUUCCUUCAAGAGAGGGGCUUAAGCAGGUGAGCACUCUUGGGGAGAGAGUGGUUCUGUAUGUUCUGAAUCGAAUUAUUUAUAGAAAACAGGAAAUGGAGAGAAAUGAGAUCCCAUUCCUGUGUCAUAGCAGUACUGAUUAUGCUAAGAUUCUAUGGAAGAAAGGAGAGGCCAUUGGGUUUUAUUCAGUUAAGCCUACAGGAAGCAUAUGUGCCUCUUUUCUUACCCAAAGUUACCAACUGCCAGUUCUUGAUACAAUGUUUCUAAGGAAGAAAUACAGAGGUAAAGAUUUUGGGCUUCACAUGCUGGAGGACUUUGUUGAUUCCUUUACAGAAGAGGCACUUGGCGUACGGUAUCCACUGUCUUCUCUCAUGUACACAGCUUGCAAGCAGUACUUUGAGAAGUAUCCAGGAGAUCAUGAACUCCUUUGGGAAGUUGAAGGUGUUGGACACUGGUACCAGCGAAUACCAGUCACCAGAGCAUUACAGAGAGAAACACUUAAAAUACCAGCAGUUUCUCAAAAUGAACCUAAAAGACCUAUGUCUGGAGAAUAUGGUCCUGCAUCUGUUCCAGAAUAUGAAGCAGGAACUGAAGACAAUCAGUCUAGUGAGAUGCAGCUAACUAUGGAUUCUUUAAAAGAUGCCUUUGCAAGCACUUCUGAAGGUCAUGAUAAGACAUUUGUUUCCACUCGUACUCGAAGUAGUAAUCUAAAGCGGCCGAAGAUUGGAAAGCGGUUUCAGGAUUCUGAAUUUAGCAGUUCUCAAGGUGAAGAUGAAAAGACUUCCCAGACUUCACCUACAGCUUCAAUAAACAAAUUGGAGUCUACUGCACACACCUCAGACAGCCCAGAAGAAUUUCUGGAAGAAGAACCCGAACUGAGAGGGAUUGAAUUUGAGGAUGAAAGCAGUGAUAAAGAUGCAUGGCCAGCACCGGAAACCCAGCCAGAGCAAGAGAAGCAAGAUGGUGAGAAGGAAUCUGAAUUAGAGCCUAUGAAUGGUGAAAUAAUGGAUGAUUCUCUUAAGACCUCAGUUAUAGCAGAAGAGGAAGACUCCACUAGUGAAGUUCUAGAUGAAGAAUUAAAAUUGCAGUCUUUUAAUUCCAGUGAAGACCCUACAAAUCUUGUUCCACUGGUGGUAGAAUCUUCAAAAGUCCCUGAAGCAGAUGCAUCAGAUAAGACCCCACAUACAGCUGACUCAGAAAUGAUGGAUGAAGGCACAUCUGAGGAAAAGGGGCACACAGAAGAGAAACUGUCCCUACUUCCAAGAAAGAAAGCACAUCUUGGGAGUUCAGACAGUGUUACUACUAUGUCAAAUGAAGAACGAUCUGAUGGUGGUUUUCCAAACUCUGUGAUAGCUGAAUUAUCUGAAGAACCAGUCUCUGAGAAUUUAUCUCCCAACACUACUUCCUCAUUGGAAGACCAGGGUGAGGAGGGGGUAUCUGAGCCCCAGGAAACAUCUACUGCUGUUCCUCAGAGUUCCUUGAUAGAGGUUGAACUUGAAGAUGUGCCAUUUUCACAGAAUGCAGGACAGAAGAACCAGUCUGAGGAGCAGUCUGAAGCAUCUUCUGAGCAACUGGAUCAGUUUACACAAUCAGCAGAAAAAGCUGUGGAUAGCAGCUCAGAGGAAAUAGAAGUGGAAGUGCCUGUGGUAGACAGGCGGAAUUUAAGAAGAAAGGCCAAAGGGCAUAAAGGACCUGCUAAGAAGAAAACUAAGUUGACCUGAAGGAAGAAGAAAUGCAGAUGAUAAACCAUCUUCUUUGUAACAUAAUUGUUGUUUUUAAAAUAUGGUAAUUAAUAAAUAGCAUGGGGCACAGCACAAAAAUUUCCAAAAUUUCAAUUUGAACUUAUUUACUAUGCAGUUUUUUGCUUCCCUUUAGAACGUAGAAUUCACCAUUCCUUUAAUUUUUCAGGCUAUUUUUGGUAAAUGCAAUUUUUUAUUUUUAUUAAUCAUGUUUCAAUUUUGGGAAACCAGAUCAUAUUAUAUUUUAUCAGGUGGUACAUCUGACCAUUAUUUCAAAAAUAGAAUUAAAAAACUGAAAGUAGCAGCAUUUCCAUUACUUACAAGGAUCACAGAAAUCUUUUAUACUAAAGGUUUUAAUAAAGUAAAACUUGGUGAGCGUUCUCAAAGUUUUAAAUUUCAAAACUAAUCACCAUUUUAAAAAAUGUUGGCAUGCCUAAACGAGUGUCAGUAAAUUACAAUAAAUAUAACUUCAAGUAAACGAGAGCACAAAAACAAACUAUGGUCAAAGGUUCAUGAAGAUACUUUGGUUUUGGCCUCUAGUUUUCUUCCCUCUGAUUUCAGCAUCUAUGGAAAGGUACACAUAAACUGUUUCUGAUUCAUUCUAUCAUCUGAUGUUAACAGUACUGUCAGGGAUUUAACUGUGGCAUGUGGGGACUAAUAACAUUUAAAAUUUCAUUUGCAGUAUUAGUUUGCUAUAGUUUUUUUCUGUCUGCAUAUGUGCAGAUGCCUAGAAGUUUAGACUCCAGUUUCACCUUUAAUCAGGUAAAAAUCCCAAGUAAUAUAAUUUAGGGACAUAGUUUAAUAUUGACUUCUGGCCUGAUCAAGAUUAAGAUUAAGCUGGAGAUUGUACUUUUAUCCCCACUCAGUUCACAUGUAUAUUUCAGAAAUGUGAGGCUUCUUCCUGAGGCAUCUCUUUAGAUCUUGCCACCUCCCUAAUUCUGCAGUCUUAUUUAUAUUUCCCAUAGCGUUCAUCCACUUCUCUCCAACUCAUGGAGUGAUUCUCCAAUCAACAGAGUUUCCUGCCUGCCGGCUUAUGCCUUUGAUGUCCAUAUUUGGGUAGGUUUGGAGGUGCAUCCCACAAUAUUAGACCUAUAUGGCAGGAGUAAAACUGCCUUGGGGAGCUAUAGUUACAAGGGCUUCAAUCAGAUUAGAGGCUUCAGUCAUCCUUUGAUUUGUUCUGUGAGUACUGGUUGCCCGCCAGCCUGUUAAGUGUAUAUUGUGUUGCCAUAGCAAAGGCCUAGGAAAAUUUGAAAAACCCUGAACUGUUAAUUUUUAUAUAGUAAUUUAUUUAAAAAUGAACAAAAUGGUAACUCUUAGAAUCCAAAGAUAAUCUCAAAACAGUUCUACUAUUUGGAAAUAUUACACGUACUCACAUUUGCCCUUAAGUUGGAGAAUAUUUUGAGACCAUUUAGAUUGUUUUAAAAAUAGCUUGAUCUUGAUCCUUAUGUGAAAGAAACAUUAUGACUUUGUGUCAUUAUUUGAGGUAGCAAAGGAUUGAUGUUGAAAGCUUAUUCAGUUUAUAUAUAGUAAGCUGAUGUCACGUCAGUAAAUUUUGUUUUGGGAUGUUGGUAUUUUCAAUCUAAUUAGUUGAGUUAAAAUCUAGCAGUCAAAAUAGUAAACCCUCCUAUUUGUGUUAGAUUUUGAACACUUCUAUUACUCUAUAUUUUCUUUAAUUAAUUGGUCAGCGGUAAGCCAGAUUGUUUCAUUCUAAAUGAAAAUUCAAGCACUUUGGCCAUUUUCUUCAACAAACGCUAAUAUUAAGU